ACAUAAUCGGGACUUUCUUCCAAUUUGUGCAUUGCAUUAAAAUACUAGUAAUAUUUUCCUCAAAAAAAAUACUAGUAAUAUAUUAUUCUCUGUCACAUUCACGUUAUCACUAACCUCUCGCCCCAUCUUCUCCAGCAGUUUCCCUCAACUGCUCCACUCCCACCCUUUUUAUAGAUUUGCAUCGUUUUUUCAACUCCUAAUUUUUAAUUUUGGAUUUUCUAAUAAUUUCUUAACGACCCUUUUUCUUGGAUUACAUUAUUACAUUGCAUAUUAUUGUAAUCAGCAACAAUAACAACCCACUGACUGAUAUCUUGGACUACUUAUCACUAGCAUUAACUGCUACUACUAAUUUCAUCAGCAAUGGCAGUUCUGUAGAGAUGGAGAAGGAGAAACAGCUGCAGAGGAGUUUGUCUUCUUCAAUGAAGGCUCCUCCUGCUAAACUGUUCCUAGUGUUUUCUCUCACGCUAGCCAUCUCUUGUUUUCUUGUCCUUCUUUCUGUUUCUUUAAUCUGGGUCGGUAAAUCUUCAUCACCCACUCACUUCCAGCAAACCCAUCAUUUUUUCCUCCAAUUCAACCCAUUAUUUGAUGUUAAUACUUCAACCCGUUCCAGUACUGGUAGUAUUAGUAGUGAAUUGACAAGUUUUAGUUCUGAAAAAGAUGCCAAUUUUAGCAGAGAAGAACCAGAAGCAGCUGAAGAAGAAGAAGAAGAUGAUGAAGAAGUCAGUAAAGUGGUUCAAGAACAGAGCACUAAUGAUAACACUUUGUUUGAAUCCAAGUUUUCGGCCCUUUUAGUGAACAAUUCUGUUUCAGCAACCCAGUUCCAAAACAUAGAAACUUACCCGAAUCUGAGUAAGAAUAAGGGUGAUGAUUCAAUUGGGGUGGAGGAAAAGGGCAAAAAUAAUGGAAUUGGAGGAGGAGGAGGAGGCUGUGAUUUGACAAAAGGAAAAUGGGUGUUUGAUGAGAGGUAUCCACUGUACACAAACAAGACUUGUCCAUAUAUAGAUGAAGGUUUCAAUUGUGUGGGCAAUGGAAGAUUGGAUAAAGACUACAUGAGAUGGAGAUGGCAACCUCAAGAUUGCAACUUUCCCAGUUUUAAUGCGACCAAGAUGCUGGAAUCGAUUAGAGGGAAGAGACUGGUGUUUGUUGGGGAUUCUCUGAACAGGAAUCAAUGGGAAUCCAUGCUGUGUCUAUUGAUGGGAGCCAUUAAAGAUCCCAAGAAAGUGUACGAAACCCGUGGAAGAAGGAUUACCAAAAGCAAAGGAAUUUACAGCUUCAGAUUUGUGGAUUAUAAGUGUACAGUUGAGUUCUACGUGACACAUUUCUUAGUUCGCGAGAGUACGGCAAGAUUGGGAAAGAAAAGGUUGCAGACAUUAAGGAUCGACACCAUUGACAGAGGCUCUUCAAGGUGGAGAGGUGCUGAUAUUCUUGUCUUCAACACCGCCCACUGGUGGAGCCACAGCAAAACGAAAGCCGGGAUCAAUUAUUAUCAGCAAGGCAACCAAAUUCAUCCUCAUCUUGAUGGGAUGGUAGCCUUUAGAAGAGCCUUAACGACAUGGGGAUCUUGGGUGGACAGAUAUGUAAGCCCGCGGAAGACUAGAGUUUUCUUCAGAACUUCUGCACCGUCACAUUUCAGGUUUUAGUCCAAUCCUCUUCUCCUGGAGUUCUCAAUGUUCGAUCUUGGGUUAGUUGCGUAAUGUCUAUUACUACUUACUAAUAAUGGGAAUCUCCGGCUCUGCCGGGGGCUGAAUCUGAUUGUGCAGUGGAGGUGAAUGGGAUUCUGGAGGUCACUGUAGAGAAGCUUUCAAACCAACAAACAUAACUGCGGGAAAUAUCAGCCCAGAAAAGAAUGGUGUUGUUGAAGAAGUCAUCAGGCAAAUGAAAACUCCGGUGACCUUACUGAGGAUCACAGAGAUGUCUGCUUAUAGGAGGGACGGUCAUCCGUCAAUAUAUGGGAGUAAAGCUGUGAAGAGGGGAGUUCAAGACUGCAGCCACUGGUGCUUGCCCGGCGUACCAGAUUCAUGGAAUGAGUUACUGUAUUAUCACAUACUAAACUUCAAAUUUUGAACAGCGAUGAACUGAACUCGCCAGAAAUAAUUUGUAAAUCUUAGAAAUACCUAUAUCUCUAGACACAGAUCUUGUAAGCAAAUUCACAGUAUAGAAGCUGAGCAUUGAAUGUACAGGCCAACACAGAAAUUUCUGAAAUCCUUUUGUCAACAUUGCGAAUGGCUGC